AUGUUUGAGAAUGAAGCUGGAAAUGAACCUCUUGCAAUUCAAGACCUCUUGGUGAAGUCCAUGACAGACCAAAUCAACUAUCACCAACGUCAAGAUCCUAGCUUCAUUUGCCCAGAAAGAUUACAACUGUGGAAGGAUGAAAAAAAUGAAGACAGUGAGAAGAAAAUGAAGGAAUUGUGGGAUAUAUUUAUCCAAGGAGAAAAGAGAUCAAAGGAGCUGGAAGCGAAGUUGGCAACAUACGUAGAGAAAUUAGAUAAUGAAGAAUAUGUGACUGCCACCAUGACAGUGGAAUCUACCGUUCAGCUUCAGGAAAUAGAAAAUCUAAAAAGGAGGAUUGCAGAAUUGGAAGGCAAGGAAACUCGGAUUGACAUGGAGAAGAUUGCCAAGAAAAAGGAGAUUGAAGAAAAGUACAAGGUAGAAAUUCAAAGCUUGUUGUCAGACCCAACAGUCUUUGAAAUGGAGAUGGAUCUGCCUACAACACAACCAACACAACCAGUUGAAGAGCAAGAAGAAGAAGAAGAAGAGAAAGAAGAAGACAAGAAAGAAGAAGAGAAGCAACAAGAAGAGAAAGAAGAAGAGAAGAAGCAAGACGCUCCAACACCUGAUGUUCCUUCAAGAGUACUAAGGCUGAAGAAUAGAGAAAGAAAGAGGCUUCAAGCAUCUUGCUAUGUGUACGAAAAAAAUAAGAAACCAAAAAUGAAGGCAAAAAAGGAUGAUGAAGAACUACCACAAUUCAAGAUUAUCUCUUCCGAGGAGCAAUCAACACAAGAGGAUCCUCAAAAUCAGAAGGUGUUAACACAAGAGGCAUCUCAGCCCGAUGCCACAAAUCCAAUUCCUGAUCCCCCAAAAGGAACGAGCCUUCAUGAUUCAAUACUUGUAGGUAUGCAAGAAUCAAAUGAUGAAGAUGAAGGACAAAAAAAGCCAACAAAGAAAAAACUAGGAUGGGGUCAAAAGAAGGUUUGGCAGAAAAUUCCAAAGGAGGACAGGGACAGAAUUCAAGAAUACUACUUAAGUACUCAACCUAGUGAUAACUUUUGGGCAGGACUCGAUAGUGAGAAAGUGACAAACCAUGACAUCAAAGAUAUUGUAUGGGACUUGGAAAUGUCACAAAACGUUAUUGAGGCCUAUAUCCAAAUAGAGGAGGAGAAAAUAGGGCCCAUGCAGACAGAUAGUCCACAGUACAUGUCUACAUGGACUUGGGCUUACAUGCAAACCUUUCUAGAACCAAAUUGGCAUAGGGCCCUGUAUGAACACUUACUUGAAAAACUCGGGAAAUGCAAUGUUCUCUUCUUCCCGAUCAUUUCAAGUUCUGAGUUCCACUUUACACUUCUCACAUUUCACAAAAUUGAACAAAAGUGGAGACACUACAAUCCACUUAGAUCGUUGGGAUCUAGAAAAGAAGAAAAGUGUAUUGACAUUGCUCAAAAUUUUGUAAGUGGAAUGAAAACUGUCUUAAUUUCUCAGCACAAACACAAACAGAAACUGCAAUGCAGUUUCUGUAUUAUAUGUACUGCUUAA